ACACUGCACCCGAGUUGCAUUACACGUUCAUAGAGCAAGCGCUACACCCGGGACCUUCGUUGGCGUUGCACUGCGCGGCGUCGGGCUCACCACCACCACGUUUCACCUGGCUUCUGGAUAACCAACCAGUUGAAGAACACAACACACCACAAAGGUCAAUAUCCCAGUUCAUGAAUUCCAAUGGGGAUGUGGUCAGCUAUCUGAACGUGUCAUCAGUGCGACCUGAUGACGGCGGCCGGUACACGUGCAGAGCUCACAACUCUCGGGGAGCGGUCGAGCAUUCCACCAGGCUGAACGUUUAUGGUCCUCCGUCAAUAAGGAACAUCGGGCCGGUCCGCGUGGUAGCCGGCCUCAACACAACGAUCCACUGUCCCUACUCUGGAUUUCCAAUCAGCGAAAUCCGUUGGCAGCGCGGCGGAUUGGAUCUGAGUUCUACAGGAGGCAGGGCUCUGUCUGGUAUCGGUGGUGAACUGCUGCUAUGGCCUGCUGAGUCGGCUGAUGCAGGAGUGUACUCCUGCCGAGUGACGUCCCCAUCAGGACAGUAUGCGCAGAAGGAUGUUCAAAUAUUUGUUAGAAAUCCGCCAAAAAUAGCUGGUUUCAAUUUUCCAACCGACCUCGUGGAAGGUAGUUCCAUUCAAGUGUUAUGUGGCAUCACAUCCGGUGACAAACCAGUGUACUUCUCCUGGCUGAAAGAUGGACAGCAUAUUCCUUCUAAUUUGCAGGUUCAGGAGAAAUCAUUAGACGAGUUCAGUUUCCUUAUCUUCUCGCAUGUUACAUCAAAGCAUAGCGGCGAGUACACAUGUGUGGCAAGCAACACCGCUGCGGAAGUUAAUCACACCGCUAGGUUAGCUGUAAAAGUGGCUCCCUCGUGGGUAUACGAACCUCAAGAUGUAUCCGCUUUACUCGGCACUCAAAUCAUGACACAUUGCUCUACUAAAGGUUAUCCGGAACCAAGAAUUACUUGGCUGAAAGGGCAUGGUACCGGAGUUGGUGAUUUCCGGCCAGUCUCCAACUUGGAUCUCCAAUUCUCUGUGCUUGCGAACGGAACAUUAAAUAUUGCACCGGCAGCUCAUCACCACGAGGGACAAUACAUGUGCAGAGCUGAAAACGGAAUUGGUAGAGGAUUAUCGAAGAUCAUAUCUGUAUCAGUUAACGAACCAGCCCAUUUCGAGUUCUCAUCUCGCAACAUGACAGUAAAACGAACAGCGGCAGCGGUGCUGCAGUGCGAUGCCCGCGGUGACCCACCUCUGCAGUUGCAGUGGACACACAACACACAACGUCUUGAUCUUACCACCUACAGAGUGUCUGUAUCUGAGAAGCGUUCAGAAAACGGUGUCAGUUCUCAGCUGAACAUUGCCCAUGCGGAGAGACGGGACUCCGGAGUUUAUAGGUGUCGCGCAGAAAAUUCAUACGGCCGUGAUGAACUGCUCAUAUACUUAGCUGUGCAAGAAUUUCCCGAAGCACCACGUGGACUUCAUGUCAUCCAACGUACUGCCCGCGGCGCUACCAUAUCCUGGCGACGAGGCUACGAUGGCAACGCACGCGUUCGCCUCUACAAACUGCAGUACCGUGUAGUCGGUGACCGUGACCGCCAGCGUGACCGUCAGCAUGACCGUCAGCUUGACCGUGACCGUGACCGUCACUAUGCAGACACUAGAGAUGACUGGGCUGAUGCUCCUACGAGGGAUGUUCUAGCUGAUAGAGUAACAGAGAGAGAGGAAGCUGCGGAACUCAGUUCAGAAGUAAUUCUGGAGUACAAUGUGGAGGGUUUUCGUCCAGCUACAGCAUACGCUCUCCGACUGGCGGCUGUCAAUUCUAUCGGAGAAAGCGAAUACUCAGACUCAGUCAUUAUACAAACGUCAGAAGAAGCACCAUCUGAACCUCCACAAAAUGUACAAGUUCAAGCUACCGGACCUGGUGAAUUGCUCGUCAAAUGGCAGCCGCCGCCGCAGGAGUCGUGGAACGGCGAGCUGCUGGGCUACGUGGUGUGGUGGCGCGAGGCGGAGGGCGGCGACAACCGGUCGCAGGCGCUCACGGCGGGCGGCUGGGGCGCGGCGCGCGCCGAGCUGGGCGGGCUGCGCGCGCGCGCCGCCUACCGCGUGCACGUGCGCGCCUUCAACGCCGUCGGCGCCGGCCCGCCCUGCGCGCCGCUGGCCGCCGCCACCGCGGAGGGAGUACCAGAAGCACCCCCGGAGCGCGUUCGCUGUGAGGCUAUAUCGUCUCAGUCCAUUCGCGUGUGGUGGGAGCCGCCGCCCCCCGCUGCUCGCGGCGGAGUGUUACUAGGCUACGAACUGGUGUAUGAGGCGGUGGACGAGGCGGAGGGCGCGAGCGCGGCGGCGCGGGCGUCGGGGCGGGAGGCGGUGCUGGCGGCGCUGCGGCGCGCGGCCAACUACUCCGUGCGGGUGCGGGCGCGCACCGCCGCCGGCGCUGGUCCGCCCGCCACGCUGCACUGCGCCACGCACGAGGACGUACCUGGACCACCGGCCGACGUCAAAGCCCUGGCAAACUCAGAAGACACUGUGCUAGUCAGCUGGCUCGCCCCACUGCAGAAGAAUGGCAAGAUCAAACAUUAUACAGCAUACUACAGGCCGCAAAGGACAGGACAGCACUCCCAAGUGAUGGUACUCCACAAAGAAGAUGAGGAGGAGUACCAAGUAGAAAUCAGGGGAUUGCAAACACACCAGACCUAUGAGUUUUGGGUCACAGCUGCCACAGCGUCGGGAGAAGGCGAAAUGAGUGCAAUUGUUGCGAGGAAGCCUAACAGUAGAGCGCCGGCGAUGCUGGCGUCGUUCGCGCGGCGCGUGGCGGCGGCGGCGGGCGCGCGCGUGCGGCUGCCAUGCCGAGCGGCGGGCGCGCCGGCGCCGCAGGCCACGUGGGCGCGCCGCCGCCCCGCGCCCCCCCUCACCGCUGACGCCGGUUUGCUGCUGGACGGGGCCGACCUCGUUAUAAUCAGUUUGGACAGCAGCUCAUCAGACAACUACACGUGCUCGGUGCGCAACCCGUGGGGCGCGGAGCGCGGCACGUGGCAGGUGGUGGCGCUGUGGCCGCCGGCCGCGCCUCGUGUCCGCCUGGUCGCCGCUGGCGCCGCGCGCCUGCAGCUCGCCUGGGACCCCGCUCCUGCCGCUACGCUUCCAGUACGAGGAUACACGGUGGAGUACCGGCGGGCAGAGGCGGGAGCCGGCGCGUGGGCGGCGGCGGAGGCGGGCGGCGCGGCGCUGACGCAUUCACUGGAGCGGCUGGCGUGCGGCGCCGCGUACGAGGUGCGGCUCACCGCGCGGAACUCCGUCGGAGUCUCCCCGCCCAGCGACACGCUGCGCGCGCGCACGCUAGGCGGACCCUCCCGAGCUGCACCAGAGAAAGACCUAAUCAGCUCAAACAGUACAUGCGUACGACUCAACCUUUUAACGUGGGACAGCAAUGGCUGCCCGCUCAGCGAGUUCACGGUAUCCGUGCGUAGCUUUGAGGAGAGCACUUGGAGGUCGCACACGGUGCCGGCCGUGCAGCCGACCGCGCUGUGCGGACUGGUGUCGGCCACGUGGUACCAUUUGAAAGUGAUAGCCAGUAGUGCAGCCGGUACCACAACGGGGAACUACUAUUUUUCUACACUGACGGAUGAAGGAGAGCGGAUCCCCGCGCCGGCGCAGUUCCCGCCGGGCGGGGAGGGCGCCGGCGACGGCCCGCGGGGCGCCGCGCUGCUGGCGGCCGGGGGCUGCGCCCUGCUGGCCACUCUUCUCUUGCUUGCCGCUUUUGCAUACAGAAGGACCCCUUCACCAUCGUGCUUUAAGAAAGGAUAUGAACAAGGUGACAUCUCAGAGGACGAGGACAAGUCAGUUGAGAAGAGGGACAAUAAACGUAAUUGCCAGCAAGUGUAUACAUCAUCACCUAUUAAACAUCCCAUCAGUAAAAAGGAGCAGCAAGAGAUGUACGAGAUCAGUCCGUACGCGACGUUCAGCAUGUCCGGCGCGGGUGCGGAGGCUGUGUCGGGCGGCACGCUGCGUACGUUCGGCCGCGGGGAGCCGCCGCCGCUGGCCGCCGCGCCGCCCGCAGCGCACAAGCGACGGGACCCGCUCAACUCAGAUGAAUAUACAUUAUCACGUGCUAUGACACUGAUGGUGCGACGUUCAGAGUCGGACUCCGACUCUAGUGGAUCGCCUUGUGCCGAGUGCAAUAGUUCAAGUGUCUCCUACAGGAUGCCUAUAGCGCCUUCUAAAGGGAGCGUGUCGGACGAGGUGUUCCGCGCGGUGACUGAUUCUAGCGCGGAAUCCGGUGCCGCGUCGUCGCGUGCCGCGCCGCGACACGACAAGCCGCGCCGCCGCCCGAGGCGGCACCACACGCCCACCAACUCCAGGUAUCAACAACGGCAGGAGCAGGAGAGGAGAGAUUUCACAAUCCACGUAUGAAUAUGACAAUAAAGACUGCUGCGAGUAUAAUUAUAAAUAAAUAAAUAUAUA